GUGAGCGGAAGUGGUACACACGUGCUGUCUUAAAGAUUUGAAGGUUACAGAAGAAGCACCGGGUAGUUUUCUUGUCGGCUGUCCGCAGGAGAGGGUCACCAGAACGGCGUGUUUGAGGUUGUAGCCGGGUGUGAGCAGCACUGAAGCGGAGACAUGGACCCCAUGAAGGCACAGCAGCUGGCGGCGGAGCUGGAAGUGGAAAUGAUGGCUGACAUGUACAACCGAAUGACCAAUGCCUGCCACAGGAAGUGUGUACCGCCACAUUACAAGGAGGCGGAACUGACAAAGGGCGAGUCGGUGUGCCUGGACCGCUGCGUGGCCAAAUACCUGGACCUCCAUGAGAAGCUGGGACGCAAGCUGACAGAGCUCUCCGUCCAGGAUGAGGAAAUGAUGAGGAAGGCAGCGGUGGGGAGCGGAUAGAGACGCUGACGAAGGGAAGGAAGUGGCACAUCAUGGGGAAGUUAUGGGAUGGGGUCAUCGUACCUGGUUUCUCCAAAAGGAGAGACUUGCAUUUUAAUGAGUGGGUGGGUUUUGUUGGGGAAAUGAAAACAUGUUAAAUUAAUGCUGUUGAGGGUCCACUGAGAGAAACUGCUUCCUUCACUGCAGCAGAGGACGAAGAUGUGGGGCCGGAGGGAUCACUGGAACACUUGGUGGAAGGACAGCUCGAAGACAUGUGUCAGAUUAGUUUUACACUCAGAAGUCGCCUGGAAUGGAAAAAAAAAGACUGGAAAAGAGGAACACCAGGGACAAGUGAUAUUAUGUUUCAGUCAUACUCUGUGAUUGUUUUUAGCUGCUUUUCUGCGGCACAGACUCAAAUACUGCGUUGAAGCUUUGUGGAACCGGCCAUCAGGUAAUCGGAGCAGGUUGAAACAAACACUAAGGAUGAUUUACAUUUAGUCCUUGUUCCUAGAUCACUCUUUGAACUCGAGGAUUCUUUUUUGAGAGGGGUUAAAGUAAACAUGGGUCCUCUUCCUAAGGUUACAACACAACAGGAUGAUCAGUUGUUCACAAUUACAAGUUGUCUGUCAUGCAGACAAAGUAGCGUCUGUUCUGUAGAAAAAAAAUACAAUAAAUGAAAUAUCAGGUUUUGCACUGAAUUGUGUAUGGCAGUGUACUAGAUAAUACGGUAACACUAACUAAUGGGACAAAUAAUGAUGGACUAAUGCAUGAGUCAUGGCGAGUUAAUGCACGAAUUAAUGCAGAACCUACCAUUAAUUCCUGUUGCUGAUUUUUAACAAAAGAAGUUACUGGAGCCCCUUUCUCUCUAUCUCACACACACACACACACACACACUGUAUCUCUGCAUUUAUCCAGAGUUUACCCAGAGGAGCUGUAUGUGUGUACACAAAUGUCUGAUUUUACCCUCCCAGCUCCAUAGUCCCAACACAUCUGUGAUUGGGCAUGUAGACGACGCAUAAUUAAUCAUUUGUAGCACACAUACUCAAAAGUACACCAGGACAGAUGAAAUAAUUUUUUUAUGAACUGUUCUAUAAAACAUCUGCCUCUUGAGCUUCCAUCCGUCUCUUUCAGGCUGCAGCUGGACACAGAUCCAAAUGUUAGUUGAUUUUACAGAUGUGUCCAAAUACAUGCAGUUCUGACAUCAAUGUAAAAACGGUCCUCAUUACAGCGCAAAUGUGGACAAACAUCCUGAUCUGAUUCUCUUUAUGCUGUCUUCAUAUGUGAAAGGAGCUUAUCACUGAAUAAGAUGACUUCUCACUUAAAAGAUCACCAGUUGAGGAAGCUAGUUCCUUGAGGUUUCCCCAGAUAAAAGGGGAAUAAGUAAUUUCACUUCAGUUCCAUUCAUAAGUGAAACAAUGUCACAACGUAUGACUGUAUUGGUCAUGGGUUUCUUACUGGAAUGGGUCAAAAUCUAAUCAAAUGGGGGGGGGGGUCUGUGGUCUAAUUGGUUUUGGAUAUGGAACAUCUGAGCUAAAGAAUAUUAAUUCAGCUGUUAAGUGAUGUGUCAAGUUAGAUUAUUUUUAUGUUACUCUAAGUAUUUGUUUAAUUUGUGAUUGUUUUGUGUUCUGCCUUUAGAGGCAGAGCAAACACAUAGGUCUGAAAUAAAACUUAACUGGAAUCCAACUCAUCAAUAUAGUGUAUUAAGACACUGUCAUUAACCAAGGCUCAAGUAACUUCUGUGAAUGUGUUAAAGUUUAGCAACAGGAACCCGACACAUCCUACAUUAAAUCAUGUGUCAUGCAUCGGUUGAGUUGAUGAUUUGCAGCCUCAUAAUAAAGUGUUACCUCAGAGUUUACUCUCUUUUCUGGUGCCAUGUGGGCUUUUUGUCUGUGACAGCAGCUCAGACAGACUUCCUCUGGUCUCUGGACUCACCCUUGCUCCCCUGUCCUGCCUGUGUUGACUGUGUUGUGUUGUGUCAUGUCAGUGGACCAUGUUUCUGACUGUGAAACGUUCAUUUUUUUUCUUCUUCAUGUGCUAACCGCUGUGCCGGUGACGCAGCUGCAGUGUUUCGUCGUUGUUAAUUGUAAUAAAUAAAAACAUUGUCAUGCUUUUAUCUCAA